AAGCGACCGAUCCGACCCCACCACUCCCCAACCCCAGACCGCACCAAACCCGCAGCAUCCAUCGACGACCUCGCCGGCGAUAGAGAGAGGCGAAAGCGUGACAGAUGGAGGCGGCGGCGGCGGCGGCCGGCGUGCAGCUGGGCUCCUCGAAGCCCCAGAUCGCGACGCAGGCGGAGAUGGCGGAGGCGCGCGUGCCGCUCACCUACCGUGACCAGUGCGCGCACCUCCUCAUCCCGCUCAACAAGUGCCGCGUCACCGAGUUCUACCUCCCCUGGAAGUGCGAGCCCGAGCGCCACGCCUACGAGAAGUGCCAGUACGAGCUCGUCAUGGAGCGGAUGCUCCAGAUGCAGAAGAUCCGCGAGGCGCAGGAGACCAAGGCCAAGGGCGGCGCUGCCAUCGAGCUUAUCCCGGCCACCGCCAAGCUCGCCUGAUCCGGCCCCACUCCGAUCCGGGUGAUUUAGGUCUGGUUAUCACAGCAUGCAAGGGCAUUGCGCAAGGAUCCUGAAUGUUUGUUCAUAGAACAAACAUCUGUUUGAAUUUGGCAUAAGGUUAACUGUUGUCUUCUUCCCCUCCCUCUUUUCUCCAUGGUGGGCAUCUUCAAGUUUUAAUUUGAGGAAUAAGGAAACUUGCUGUCUUAUACUUGAUAGCUGUGUCACCUUGAAGUUUUGAAUGCAAUUCAUGGACUCUGCAUAUGUAGACCUACUUUGUGCAGUAGACUCAAGUUAUAACAUGACCGCUUCGUUUGGAC